AUAAAAGGUGAAUUCUUUACUUUCGUGAAGUCACAAACGUGUCUGGACCCAUUCGGCAUCUUCUUUCCCUGCGACUGCAACAUUUUUUCACGACAUGAAGAGCAUCGUUUUGGCUAUGGUUUUGGGCCUGGCAGUGGCUCAGGACUCGAACUAUCACGGCCGUCAGAAUUACCACGACAACGACAGGCAACAGGGUCCUCCGGCCGAAGAGAGAAAACCCCAUAGCACCACCCCCGUUCCCAUACUGCACUGGAACAAACAGCAGGAGCACGACGGGACCUACAAAACGAGUUAUGAAACGGGAAACAGCAUCAUCGCGGAGGAGAGCGGUUACAUCAAGAAGGUGGGCGAGGGCGAGGAACAAGGAGAGGCUUUGGUCCAAGAAGGAAGCUACUCGUACACGAGUCCCGAGGGGAAGCUGAUCACUAUACACUACACAGCUGACGAGACUGGCUUUCACGCGACCGGCGAUCAUAUUCCCACGCCGCCGCCAGUCAGCGAGGAGAUUCAGAAAGGCCUCGACCUCAUCUUUGCAGGCAUUCGUCAGCAAGAGGAGCAGGACGCGCGGGAAGCGGCGCAAAAGUUGCAACAGCCUCUGAACCAGCAGGUGGAGCGACGGGACAAUUACGACCGGAAGUUCCGAAAAUGAGGGGGCACCGAAGAACCGAAGUUCCGCUGAUUGUGCGCUCGACAUGCGGCGGUGGUCGAGAAAUUUUUUAUUGUCUUCUUUUUUCGUUCUUCUUUAUCGAGCACAGUAGAAUGUUUCUACGUGGGCACAGUAUUUAUUCGUAAAUUUGCUCGAUUAUUUAUUGCGCGAACAUUCAAAAGUUCCGAACGGUAAACGAGCUUCCUCAUUUGUAUUCAUUAACGCCGCGGUAACCGUCUGUGUUUUUUUUUCUCUACACGAUCAUUCAUAUUAGAUAGAGAUAUUGUAUAUACCUUUUUUUUUUACUCCUUGUUUUUUCUGUUUUUCUUUACUGUUAUUGCUCUCAUUGUUCAGCUUACGAAUAAUCUGCCGCCUCGUUGCCGCCCUACCGACGACCACCCCUGCACGUCGCUACUAGGAGAACCAAUAAUUAAUUUCUUAAAUUAAGGGCAACAUAACUCUCGAUGAAUUUACGCGUGUGUAUCGUUUUCACGAGAGAGAUAGACACACAUACACACACAUACACACGAUUAACAAUGCGAUUGGUUCGUUCUCUUCCUCUGUGUUCUGUAAACGAGAAUAUCGAUCGCGACAUGGAAACUUGCAAUAAACGAUACCACGUGGUUUACGUAACAAACACGACCGUCGUUGCGUGAACAUCGUUAUAUAUAUCCUUC